AGAUGUGCAAGUGGAAGCAACUGAACGUUGAGACAGAACGCUGACACGUCUGCACGCUAUAUUCUUACGUCCGAGGUAUUAGGCCGAGAGUGCAUCGUCGCAGACUCGGGAGGCGGUUGAGUUGUGGACAGGUGCGGAGGGAAGUGUGAGGGGCCAAACGGACCGCACGUGAAGAGGCGCCGCGCUACUGGGCUCCUUCCCCACCAACGCGGAUGUCAACACUAACCAGUCGCGUCCUUUCUCCACCACACCGUCAUGGCGCCUACGCGCUCCAAGGAUGCGAAGGCGGCGAAAAAGCGAGGCCGGCCUCCGGGCAGUCGCAAUUCUGGCGCCGUCGUGAAGGCCAAGUCGAAGCCUGUAUCAAAGCCGUCAGCAACAAAGAAGGGCAGGCCUCGGAAGGGACAAGCCCAGGAAGAAGUCGAGGAUGAGCUCUCAAUAACUGAACCUGCGCCAGCCCAAUCCUCGAGACCCCGCAAGCGUAAAUCCGACGAAAUCGCUGAACCCGAAGCCAAGUCGCGCAAGCAGUACGUGCAACUGGAGAGCAAGACGAAGAGGAUACCGCAGGAGCAAAUAGACACGUGGCCACAAGUGCCGCCUCAGGUCUUGGAGCAGAUCACGGCGGUGAUACGCAAUGCGAAGAAGGAUAUUGCCGAGACGCAGCGAGACGAGCGCAGGAUUAUGGCCGCGCACAACACACUCAAUCCCCUGGUACGCAAGCUAGCGCGCCAACUAGCAGAGUCGCGGAUACCCCCACAAGCCAAAGACAUCCAUUUCAACAUCGACAAGCUCACGGAGCGCAACGCCCAAGUGUCGCGAGAGGUCACGACAGCCCGGCACUCCAAGCAGCUGCUCAGCGAGCAGGUCAAGAUUGCCCAGCACUUGCUGAAGAAGGACGAGGAUAAUCUAGACGGCCUGAAGAAGAACGUUAAGAAUUGGAGAGCCGAGUGGAAGCACCAAAAGAAGCAUGGACGUAUCCACCCUUUACUCAAAGACGAAGGCAAUACGACGGCCCAUAGCGACGGUCCUGACGACAUCCGUCUGAAGCGAUCAGAACCAGUAGCUCUCUCACUCCUCGAUGCGCCCGAUGAUGACCUUGCGUCCGUGCUCGCCCAGUUGCGACGCAGCCUGGAGAGUAUGCAGGGCAACCAUACACAGGUCGAGGGUCUCGAUACGACGAUCAACGACGCGCAAGCAGUACUGGACGCCGUCUUGUUCAGGCACGCUAGCGCAGCGCAAUAUGCUGCCGUACAAAAUAUCGAUAUGCAGGUCCCAUGAUGACCAUUGUUCUUUCUAUAGCCAUGCAUGGCUCGGCGCAUGGAUCGGGCUCGGGGCAGGUGUGGUGAAUACGGUACUGGGUUCGAUAUCAGGGCAGGUGUAUGGCGUUGGAGGGCAUCGGCGUAAUUUCAAUACUCUAAAGGAAGCUUUGUGUGAGGCAUGGGCUAGGUUAGCAAGGCCCGUACCAGGCUGUCCAGCGUGGCGGCUGGCUGGAGUUGGCAGCGAAACCAUCCAUGUCUGUCAAUUUACUCCCAGUUUUAGAACUGCGAUUCCGACGGUAUGGUCUUCGGAAUGCGCGCGUUCGCGGCCGUCUCCAUCAUGUAGUGUAGCAAUGCAAGGGCGUGAUUGGCUCCACCAGGGCUUCGGCAGAGCGGAGCCACUUCUGCAGCUGCAGCCCUUCUAUGCG